CGCGGCGCCAUCUUGGGAGCGCGGCUGGACGCUUUUCUUUCUUUCCUUUUCUUCUUGUUGUCAUAUUUUACUCACGUUUAGUUUUCGCCAGCGCGAUUCGGAGAUUGUUCUGCCGAUCGACGUGACUCAAUUUUAAUUAUUUACAUUGUUUGAUCGAGAAAGCGGAACGAGGUGUCUCCAAGCGACACCCAGAAAAGGAGAAUAGGUUAGGAGCCGUCUGGUGUCGAUGGCCACGAUGGAUCUGUCAAAAAUACCGAACGAGAAGAAACUGUAUCUCUGCAAAUGGUAUUUUCGCGCUGGUUUUGCACUGCUGCCAUUCCUAUGGGCCGUGAAUGCAGUUUGGUUCUCAAAAGAAGCUUUCAUAGCACCACCUUACGAGGAACAGAAACAGAUUAAGAGAUAUGUGAUUUUCUCUGCUAUCGGAGCAGUCAUUUGGACAGCUGCUUUACUAGCUUGGAUAAUAAUCUUCCAAACCCAAAGAGCUGCUUGGGGUGAAUUCGCCGAUUCUAUCAGCUACAUAAUUCCCACCGGUAUUCCUUGAGCUUGAUACCCCAUAGCGGUACGCAAUAAUUUAUUGCAGAAAUAUGUGCAUUCAACAAUUGUAUAUUAAACUUUGUAAUAUAUUUAUGUCAUGUAAGUUCAUAUGGUAACAUCUGAUAUGUAGCAUACGCAAUAAA